AUGUCAGAGCAGUAUCAAAAGGUUUCUGAAGAGCAGCACAAGAAGGUCCAGGUAAAUCCUUAUGGACCAAAUCCAAGCGAUUUCCUUUCGAACGUUAGAUCUUUCCAGUUGAUCGAGUCUACUUUGAGAGAAGGUGAACAGUUUGCCAACGCCUUCUUCAGCACGGAAAAGAAGAUCGAGAUCGCCAAGGCUUUAGAUGACUUUGGAGUCGACUACAUCGAACUGACUUCUCCUGUUGCCUCCGAGCAAAGUAGAAUCGACUGUGAGGCCAUCUGUAAACUUGGGCUAAAAGCCAAAAUCCUGACUCACAUCAGAUGUCAUAUGGACGAUGCCAAGGUUGCAGUCGAGACCGGUGUUGAUGGUGUCGAUGUGGUCAUUGGAACCUCCCAGUUUUUGAGACAGUAUUCUCACGGCAAAGACAUGUCCUACAUCACUAAGUCUGCCGUUGAAGUGAUUGAAUUUGUCAAGUCCAAAGGUAUUGAAAUCAGAUUCUCCUCCGAGGACUCAUUCCGUUCUGAUAUUGUCGACCUGCUCAACAUCUAUAAGACUGUUGACAAGAUCGGUGUGAACAGAGUUGGUAUUGCGGACACUGUGGGCUGUGCCAAUCCAAGACAGGUGUACGAGCUGGUCAAGACUCUGAAAUCUGUCGUGUCAUGUGACAUCGAAUGCCACUUCCACAACGACACCGGCUGCGCCAUCGCCAACGCCUACACGGCCUUGGAGGCAGGCGCAAAACUCAUCGACGUUUCCGUUCUCGGUAUCGGAGAAAGAAACGGUAUCACGCCAUUGGGUGGUCUGAUGGCCAGAAUGAUUGCUGCAGACAGGGAGUACGUCAUGUCCAAGUACAAGUUGCACAAGUUGAGAGACCUGGAGAAUUUGGUGGCUGAGGCUGUGCAGGUGAACAUUCCGUUCAACAACCCAAUCACCGGCUUCUGCGCGUUCACCCACAAGGCUGGUAUCCAUGCCAAGGCCAUUCUGGCCAACCCAUCCACGUAUGAGAUUCUCAACCCAUCUGACUUUGGUCUGUCGCGUUACAUCCACUUCGCCAACAGAUUGACUGGAUGGAACGCUAUCAAGAGCAGAGUCGAGCAAUUGAACCUCAAUUUGUCGGACGACCAGGUCAAGGAGGUUACCACUAAGAUCAAGAAACUUGGAGACGUGAGACCGCUCACAAUUGAUGACGUGGACUCCAUCAUCAAGGACUUCCAUGCUGACAUCUCGACUCCACUAAUUCAAGCCAACGAUGGCCCAGGUCCAGUCGACGAGGAGGAUGCCUCGCUCGACAAUGUCAAGAGACCUAAACUGAACUGA